AUGUCGGCGCCUGUGAUGACAGUGGAGGAGAUGUUAGAGAGGCUGAGGAGAGAAGCGGAGGUGCGGGGGCCUGGCUGGCUGCAGGAGCAGCUGGAUUCGGGACCAGGAACGGUGGACCGGCCCAGUCCCUCCUUCAGCGGGCGGUCCACUCGGCGGUGUGAUGAGGUCCGGGUUCCUCGGACUGCGCUGGUGGUGGACGAAUACCAGCGCAGGUCCAGAGAAGAUUUGAGCAGCGUGGAAGAAGGUCCCCUUGCGGUGGUGGAGGCCGCGGUCUCGUCCCGGUGUCCGGCCAGUGUGGUGCAGAGGGUCGUGCAAGCGGUCCAGGAGGAGCAGCCGUCGACGUCCAGGAGCUAUGAUGGUGCGGUGUCCGUGCGGCAGGAGUCAGGAUCUACGGCAGCGGGAGUCACAGCGCCCGUGGUGCCUGGUCGAAUGAUGGCGGCGUUGGUGUGGAUUUUGGGGCACUCCUAUGUGUUCUGGGGUGCGAUUAGAGCGGAUGUGAGGCCGAGUGGGCGGCAGUUGGGUGUGAGUCCGGAGUUGGCUACGGUUAUGUGGUUAGGCGUCAGAGCUGGUGCCCGUGCGUAUAUAGCACUCACUAAAUUACUGUUUCUCCUUGUGGAGAUCAAGCUGAAAGGAAGACUUCAGAACAAUGCUGCAUUGGAAAAAAAGCAAAAUAGCUCUCCUCAGUAUUGA